GCAUCGAUGAUUUAAACAAAUAUCGAUAGCACCGAUAAAUCCAUCGAUGUUUUGCAGCUCUAGCGGCAAUGACAAGUAUAAUUUGCUGGUAACAAACAUUCGGUCAGCCGCUUGAUUUUUUAGUAAAAGUUUUGCACUUAAUUUUCAUAAAAAAUGGCGCGUCGUUAUGAUUCCCGUACCACGAUCUUCUCGCCUGAGGGCCGUCUCUACCAGGUGGAGUACGCCAUGGAGGCCAUUUCCCAUGCCGGUACAUGUUUGGGUAUUUUGGCCGAAGACGGCAUUGUGCUCGCAGCCGAAUGCCGCAGCACGAACAAAUUGCUUGACAACGCUAUUCCAUCUGAAAAGAUUUACCGGCUGAAUGAAAACAUGGUUUGUUCGGUCGCGGGCAUCACAUCGGACGCCAAUGUGUUAACCUCUGAGCUGCGUUUAAUUGCUCAACGUUACCAGUUCAGCUACGGCGAAGUGAUCCCAUGUGAACAGCUUGUCUCCCACUUGUGUGACAUUAAACAGGCAUAUACUCAGUAUGGUGGCAAGCGACCCUUUGGCGUUUCGCUCCUUUACAUGGGCUGGGACAGCAAGUAUGGCUAUCAGCUCUAUCAAUCAGAUCCCAGUGGCAAUUAUGGUGGCUGGAAAGCCACUUGCAUUGGCAACAACUUUGGUGCUGCUAUUUCUAUGCUUAAGCAGGAGUUGGCAGAUAAGGAGAACAUCAAGUUGGAAGAAGCCAAGGAUUUGGCAGUUAAAGUGCUAAGCAAGACUCUGGAUACCACAAAACUAACUCCAGAGAAGGUUGAAAUGGCCACGCUGCAGCGCAUCAACAACAGCACCGUUUACAGUGUGCUCGAAAAACCCGAUGUUGAGAAACUGAUCGAAAAAUACAAUAAGCUGGAGGCGGAAGCUGAAGCCGCCAAGAAGGAGAAGCAAGCCCAGCAGUCAAAAUCCUAAACAGCAACCUUAUACACAUUAAUUUAAACUUGGAAUGAUUUCUUUAAAUGUAUGAAAUAAAAUUUCGAAAUUGGGGUAAA